AUGGCGGACAUUUUCGAGACGCAGGCGAAGAUCUACGCCGAGACGAGGAUGAAGUACCCGAGGGAGUGGUUCGCUCUACUCGCCGCCCUCACCCCACACCACGGCGUUGCGUGGGACGCCGGUACCGGCAACGGCCAGGCCGCCGUCGGCGUAAGUCCCCUUCUCCCCCCUUACGCCGAGUUCUCCUCACUCCCAUCCCUAACAUAUCCACACUUGCCAUCGACGGCGGCCGAGCAGCUGGCCGACCACUACGACCGAGUCGUCGCCACUGACGUAAGCGAGGGCCAGUUGAGGCACGCCGUGCCGCACCCCAAGAUCCGGUACAUCCACACGCCUAUCUCAAUGCCGGAGGACGACCUAGUGGCGAAACUGGGUGGGGAGGACUCAGUCGAUCUGGUCACCGUCGCCACGGCCCUCCACUGGUUCGACCUCGAUAAGUUCUACCCCGUGGUGGAGCGAGUCCUCAGGAAGCCCGGCGGCGUGAUGGCCGUCUGGAGCUACCGGGAAAUGAGGGUUUCGCCCUCCUUCGACGCCCUAAUACAGAGAUUAAUCGCCUCGGCGGAGCCGUUCUCCAACCCCAAUAGCCGCCAUAUCUUCGAGGAGUACAGAAACCUCCCUUUCCCCUUCGACGGCGUCGGCGUGGGCGCUGAAGGUGAGCCGGUGGCCCUCGAGAUGAAGAUGAACGCCUCCUUUGAGUGGAUUCUCCGGCUGUUGCGGACCUGGUCCAUCGUGAACAUCGCCAAGAAGCAAGGGAUCAACUUGUUGCCGGCCGAGGUGGUGGAGGAGCUGGAGAAGGCUUGGGGCGGAAGGUCUCUCAUCAGGGAGGUGACUUUCCCAUCCUUCAUGAUCGCCGGCAAGCCCAGAACGCCGGCGACCCUCCGAGAGGGCUAG